AUGAAGCUGAGUUAUGGCAAAUUCGAAGUUCAGGCAGCACAGCAUCGUGUUCAGCAAGCGCAGAUGACUUUUCAGCAGUUGAAGGCUCCGCUGCGAACUAAUGGUGCGCUUCGCAUGGGUAGGCGAAUUCGGCUCUACAAGACAUGCGUACUUCCUUCGUUGCUGUACGGUAUUGUCAGUGUUGGCUGCACUACGGAGGUUGUUAAGUUGCUGUCGAGUGUAGUGGCCAGGCACAUGCGAAAAAUCUGCAGGGUGUACGAGAAAGGGGUUUCGAAUGCUGCUGUCCUGAAGAGGGCGGAUAUCAAUCUUUACUCCGAUCUGCAGAAGCGCAUGGAUGCCCAAGCAUUGGCAUUGAAGCUGGACGUGGACAGGUCACCGCAGCUCUUGGAGAUGGAGCUCAGGCGGGCGGAAUUCCUUCAGGAACACUAUCGUCGGGUUUGUGAGGUUGCUGAAGCCAGAACAGAUUCUCACCUCCUCAAAAAUGUGGCCCUGGAGUUGGAGUACCCCUGUCCUGUUUGCGGUGUGUACUUUGGCACGCAGUCGGGCAUGCAACAACAUCUACAUCAACGGCACCCGGAUGUCGAGAUUAAGGCCCGAAUGGACUUCGACCGAUCGAAACAUUGCCUAUAUGGUGCUCCCAUAUGCAGGUUUUGUCAUCAACGAUGUGGGGACUGGCAGUCUAUGAGGAAGCAUCUUACACAAGGCAUGUGCACAGCCGUGAAGGCCGCGGUUGCAUCCGGAGAGACAACCCAGCAACUUCUGACCCGUACAGAGCAGGAGGAGGCAACAAAUCCAGCUCCGCCUCCGGUCGCAAGGUGGACUCAGGACCAGCCUUUUGCUCUGAGUUCACACGAGGUGUUUCAGGUGAACUAUGCAUAUGUUCAACCGGCAGCUCCCAAGCAGGACAAGGACAAUCCGCAAUACAAGACAUAUCAAGCCACGGAGAGGGACAUACAGAUCAGACUCACGCAGAACCUCAGGUUUCGGAAUCUUGUGCCCCAUUGGAUUUACAACGAGGUGCAAAGAGACUCGGCGGAGUAUUUGCAGCAUCUCCUCCAGGCACAGCAGUUCCACUCAGUCCGGUGGGAGCAUCGCAAGCUUGGGCUCGCAGGUCUACACAUUCGAGCACAGGGUGAUCUACCUAUUCCGAUGUCGAUACCUCGAGGGGCCAGGGAUUUGCAGGAUGUGAUUAUGCACUGGAACACACACCAGGAUGUACAUGCUUUGGCUCAUGCCAGUGAGUGUAUUUGCAUUCAGCUGAAUCGGUAUUUGAGGCUAGACCGGACUGCAAAGCUGAUGGCAGCCAUUCGGUUUGACAGGCCAGUGUUUUGCCCCAGAUUCGAGAAUCACUUGAGUGUUACAUGGGAUCGCUUUGAAGUUGUAUCCGCGGUCAUUCACUAUGGCAGGAAUACACAGCAAGGACACUAUCGCGCUCUGCUCAAAGUCCGGGACCAAUGGCUUCAGACAGAUGAUUCAGCUUAUGCCAGUUCGAUUGAAAUGUGUGCGCAGCUGGAGUCGAAUGUGUAUCUCCUGUGGCUGAAGCGGUGCUAA